AGAUGAAGGCUCAGGAUGCUCAGGGUUGUCCUUUAAAUCCCUGCAGUGGCUUCAGAUUCUCCCUGUCCUUCCCAGGGAACUCAGCAGGAUAUCACAAGAGAAAAUGACUUUGGUGUCAACCAACCAGCUGUCCUCUCUGGAGUCCAGGGCGGCUCCAUCGAGAUCCCCUUCUCCUUCUACUUCCCCUGGGAGUUGGCCAAGGAUCCGCAGAUGAGCAUAGCCUGGAGAUGGAAGGCCUUCCAUGGGGAAUUCAUCUACAACUCCACCCUGGCUUUCCUUCAUGAGCAUUUUAAGGGCCGGCUCAUCAUGAAUUGGACACAGGGUCAGACAUCUGGUAGUCCUCAGAAUCCUGAACUUGAAGGAGAACGACCAUGACCACAUACUUCAGUCGAGUUAUUCUGCAAACAACAGAAGGCAUGAAGUUGUGGCAGUCAAUCCCUGGCACCAAACUCAUCAUUCAUGCUCUCAAUACUACCAUGGGGAGCCCCUCCAUCAUCCCCUCUGCAGUCCCCACAGCUGGCCUGGAGGACACAAGGGGCCAGAGGAAUCCUUCACUGCUGAACCUGGGAGCCAUGGUUGGGAUGGUCGUGUCCAAAGUUGUGGUCAUCAUCCCCCUGUAUGGAUGGGUGAUCUUCCUGUGGUGGAAGCAAAGGCCAGCAGAGUAAAGCCUCAACCCUAGUAAGGCUCCUCCGUACUAGGAUCUCUCAUCAGGGAGGCGAAUUUACAUCAAAGUAGUUGUUGGUGAUUACACACCCUGCAUCCCACAGCCUUCCAUGUCUUCUCACUGGGAGUCAGAGCUCAUGGCUGCAGGAUUCUCCUGUGAAAGUCAUUCUUGGAUAACCCCCACUUCUGCCAUGGGGACUCAGACACGCUCUCCUUGGAACCAUGGUCCUCCUGUGUGUUUCUGGGCCUGAGAGCCUGACUGUGCUGUUCUCUCUCUGCUCAUGGAGUUAUUGACACUGUUAAUAAAUACCUUACUCCCACAAUCCA